GUGGAGAAUGAGGAUUUCCGUAAAGUCCUCAGCUGGGAACAGUAUGUAGAGUUAGCACCAAAACUAAAUCACCGUUUCCGCAAACGCAUGAGGUUGUUGUGUAACAAAGAAGCAAUAUACGAUAGUUUGGAACACGAAAGACAAACAUUAAUAAAGGAUUUUCCGCAACACGCACGCAUUUGAGCAAGAUCACCAUGCUGGAUUUAUACUGGAAGUCGUGCCCGGGAAUUCACUUCGGGUUCUGCUGGAUCUACAUCUGCCUGACAGCGAUCAGUCUUCCGGGUCCAGCUAGCAGUGACCACCUGAGGCUGGCUGGUGCGCACAUGUCCUACAUCUGCCCAGAGGGCGCCAGUGUCACCAUGCAGUGCAUUUCUGAGGGCUCACUCCUGCACGCCGCCGACCAUCUGAGGCCUUUUUGGUUUUUCACUCCUCACUUGGAUGAUACCUGCCAGGAAAAGUUGCACCCCCGCAGAGGCAACCACUCGUCCAGGCCGCCCCCGGGUGUGGAGUAUAGUGCCUCGAGGAAUACCAUCUCCAUCACCCUGACCAACGUGACCCGUGCCGACCAGGGGCGCUACUGCUGCGUGGAGUUGGAGGUCCAAGGCAAGCACCAACACAUGGUGUCACAGAGGGCCCACAGCCACGUGCUGCUCACUGUCGGCCCACGACGAAACCAGACUGCCAAAUGUUCGUUUAUGGACCAUAAACCCACCGAAGGCACUGUGGCAGCAGGGCUGGCGACAGCAGGGUGCAUUAUGGGUAUUCUCUCUCUACCCCUGAUCCUACUGCUGGUGUACAAACAGAGGCAGACGACCCACUCCAGCAGACGUUCACACGAGCUGGUGAGAAUGGACAGUGAAGCCCGAGGUCACGAGAACCCUGUGUUCUUGGGAGACGGCCCCCAGCCGAAGACGCGUACCCUGUCCCAGAUCCUGACGAGGCAGUCCUCUGAGACAGGACGCCACCUGCUGUCUGACCCCGGCACACCCCUGUCCCCUCCCGCCCAUGGGGACGUCUUCUUUCCGGCACACGAACCUAUCCCAGAAUCUCCUGAUUUCAUGCAGGUAUAGUGGAGCCAAACCUUGGCAUUCAGCAGAUGUCUACCCCCAAAAGAAGACACUGUUUCCUGUGCUUGCAUUUCACCACAGAUAUUUCAUAUUUCAUACCUUUUCUCACUGCUUUGCUCUUGAACUCAUUUUUGGAAAAGAAAAUGGGGGGGGGGGGCAAAACCAA